AUGAAUUCAUCAUCUGCUCUCAUAUCGAUUGAUCUCAUCAAGGAGAUCUUGUCGAGACUGCCUUCAAAGUCAGUCGCGAGGUUUCGUUGCGUGUCGAAGCUAUGGGCAUCAAUGUUGGUUAGUCCAUAUUUCAAGGAGUUGUUCCGGACCAGGUCCUUGGCUAAGCCACGCCUCUUAUUCACCAUCGUAGAACAUGAUAAGUGUCGCUUCUUCUCGUUGCCUCAGCUUCACAACCCAUACGAAAAGUCGUCGUCGACUCUUUUAGCAGCCGCCGAAUUUCAUGUGAAGUUCCCUCGAAAGAUCCUUCGGAUCAAUCAUCUUACUAACCUAAAAUAUUUUUCAUGCGGCUACGCCUCUGGCUUGCUCUAUAUGUAUGGUGAUCGAUACCAAGCUAGACCUGUGAUAUGUAACCCCAUCACGGGACGGUAUGCGAUCUUACCUUAUCGGUAUACCUACAGAAAGGCUUAUAGCUUUUUCGGGUUUGAACCGAUUGAAAAGCAAUACAAAGCAUUGUCCAUGGCUUAUCCAUCUGGUCCUGGUCAUCAUAAAAUUCUUACAUUUGAAGAAGAUGGAGAUUUGAUGUGGAGAAGGAUCAAGUGUCCCUUACGACAUGAUAUUAAGAGUGAUGGGGUAUGCAUCAAUGGGGUUUUGUAUUACUUGGCUGAUACGUCGGAAUGUGCUCAUGUUAUGACGUCUGAUUAUAUGAUAGUUUGCUUUGAUGUUAGGUCUGAAAAGUUCACCUUUAUUGAUGUAGAAAGGUUUUGUCGAUUGAUAAACUACAAGGGCAAAUUAGCUGUGAUUUUUUGGGAGGAUGAUGAAGACAUUUAUGAGAAGUAUCAUUUGGAUUCGGAUGUCUACAUUCAUAUGGAGAAUCGUCGUCUCGAUGCUGAUCCCACUAAUGAGUUACGUGUGUGGGUUUUAGAGGAUGUUGGGAAACAGGAAUGGUCGAAAUAUGAAUACACUUGGACCGAUGAUAGAUUCUUCCGUCGUCACGUUUCCGUAGUUGGAGCGACUGCUUCGGGUGAAAUAGUGUUUUCGAUGCGCAAGUAUAGAUCUAACCAACCGUUUUAUGUUUUCUAUUUCAAUCCUGAAACGAAGACACUCCAACUUGUGACCGAUUUGGACAUCAACAAACGUAUUGAGAUCCAAGGUUUUGGUGAAACUUUUAAGAAAUGUUUUAGCGUUCGCACUUUUGUAAACCACGCAGGUGAUUUUGAUGCUAAUGAUUUAAAACUACUCAAGUCAGUCCAUCCUCCAUUGGUGAGCGCAGGAUAUGUAGAAUCAUCAGAUGCAGAUUCAGACUAA